AUGUCAGCGGACCCGGACCAGAACCUCACAAUCACGGCUCAGUGCCUCUGCAGAGCGCAUUCUUACUCGACAUCGAUCUCCCGCUCUAGCCUCCCUCUCCAAGGAUCGAUAUGUCACUGCAUGUCCUGCCGACAUGUCACCGGAGCCAUGUACACUAGUCAUAUCAAAUGGCCUGGCCUGACUCGCGAGAUUCUUAGCUCCAGCCUGGCGCGUUACGAGUUCACGUCAAAUGUGAGCCUGUUGUUCUGCGGGACUUGCUCUAGCCCACUGUUCUGGGAAGAAUACUACAAAGAUAAGCCAGAGGUGCUUGAUGUGUUUACGGGAGCAUUGGAUAAUGCUACAGUAAAAAACCUGAUCACUUUUCCGGAUCAGAUCUUUGUCGGAGAUACCGAGGACGGGGGCCUUUCUCAGUGGCUGCUGAAUGUGAAUGAAGAUGGUAUAGAAUCAAGGCGCUGGAAAGCAAGAGCUAUCAAAAGCGAGACAUUCGAUAACGAUAGACCGGCGCUAGUGGGCGCAUCGGAUGAACACCUCCAAAGCCCAAGGGAUAUCCCCAUUCAGUGCCGUUGCAAGGGAGUUGACCUUGUUCUUCGGCGGUCCCCAGACGACUUCUCACCUACUGAAUCCGGUUCACUGCCCUUUUUCGUUGAUCCAACAACCCACCGACACAUCGCGACUUUUGACGCAUGCAACACUUGCCGCUCUAUGUUUGGAGUCGAGAUUGUCAACUGGACCUUUGCUCUGCUUCGCCAAAUGCACUAUGCGAGCCACACGGAGCAACCUGGUUUCCCGCAAUCAGCGCAAGAGCUCCUAAAAGCUGUCUCCGGCCCCGAUAGAGAUGCUCGUCUUGGAACCCUGUCGCUAUACAAGAGCUCGCCAGACGUUCAGCGGUACUUUUGCUCGCGAUGCUCCGCUUCCGUCUUUUACGCUGUCGAUGAUCGUCCCGACCUCGUCGAUGUGGCGGUUGGUCUUCUCGAUGCACCAGAGGGGGCCAGGGCUGAAAGAGAUUUGAUUUGGAACAUGGGCUCAAGGGUCGGUGGCGAAGACGACGUGGUUGGUGGAUGGCGGGAAGGAUUUGUCAACCGGGUUAAAGAAACAGCGGAGAAAUGGAGAGUCGAUAGAGGCUAUCCCAAGACCUGGAGAAGGCUUGCAGCAGAGAAGAGUGCUUGA